GUACCUACACGCUGCUCUCGACUCCACAGUCGCUGUGGUGAGCCGAUCGCAAACACUUAUUAUAAGAUAUCGUAUAAAUAUUUUUUUUACAACAUAGCAAAACCAAAACCUCGUUAAGAUUUGCUUGUGUGGCGUUGCUUGGAAGUGUCACAGUGUCACACUUGGAGCAACUUACCGAAAGAAGGAACUAUCUAUUAGACAUAAUAUUUGUUUGUCACUUAGUGAUAGCGUCUCUUCCGCCUCCAAGUCGUGCUUGAAGACCGAGGACUGCGAUAAUAUUAAUCGCAUCUAGAGCGUCAGUCAAUAAAAACACUUUACAAGUAUUGACUUAGGCAAUAAUAUAUUAAUGUCUUACAAACUCUUGGAUCGAGCUGUUGGCAGGAUUGGCAAACAUUAACCGUUCAGUGUUCAAAGUGUAAUUAAAAUGGAAGCGAAAAAGGGUGACGUUAAAGAAGACAAAGUGUACGAAAUAUGGGAAGUUCUUGAAAAAUAUGGAAAGUACCAGAUUACGCAGUAUUUGCUGGUCUGCGUGGCUACAUUCUUCGUGACCAUGUGUAACAUCAACUACAUAUUUGUGGUUGGAGACGUGGGAUACCGAUGUCGAGUGCCACAAUGUGAAGGUGCUACUGAGGCCUUUCAAGUGUCAUGGUGGCCCAACAGCUCCGUAGACAGAUGUUGGAGCCCGGUGCUGGACAACAGUUCCAUAGGGUGCUCGUCGGAUGCCUUCACCGAGGAGGUGGAGCGCUGCAGCAGCUGGGUCUACGAGAGCCAGAACAGCGUAGUCUCCCAUCUCAAUCUUGCCUGCCAACCGUGGCAGAUCAAUAUGGUGGGCACCAUACACAACCUGGGAAUGUUGUUCUCUAUGUUGAUAACUGGCUGGAUCUCUGAUAGGUACGGCCGCAAGAAGAUUGUAAUAUUUUGUUUCACCACGUGUUUUGUGGGUAUUUUCAAAAUCUUCGCCGCAUCGUACCCGGUGUAUGUAACUAUAGAGUUCUUAGAGGCGUUGCUGAGCGGAGGAUGCUAUGCUGUGGCAUCUAUUAUGAUGAUAGAAAUAACUGGAAGAAAAUACCGCAUACUUUCCGGAGUGUUGUUCGCUUAUGCCGUCUACAUGGGAGAGACGUGUUUCGCUACUUUAGCAAUGUUAAUACUGCACUGGAAGAACCUCGUCCUAGUGAUGUACGGGCCUUGCAUUCUGUUCCUGGGUCUAGUUUUCACGUUGCACGAGAGCCCGCGGUGGCUGAUACUAAACGGAAAAACCGAGCAAGCUAUAAACAACCUGAAGGUGAUUGCCAAGACAAAUAACAUAAAGAUAAACGAACAAGAUCUAUGUAAUUUGGACGAUAAGCAGUUGAGACAGAAGUUUGACAUUCAGAAUUAUGAGACGAGGGAAGGGCUUAAGGAAGUGUUUAAGUCCAGGGAGAUGGUGAAGCGUUUGCUGGUUGGGCUCUCGGCUAGAUUCUCGUCUAACUUUGUGUACUACGGGCUCAUGAUCAACUCUGUGUAUCUGCCGGGGAACAAGUACACCAACUUCCUGCUGGCCACGGUUAUGUCCUUCCCCGGGGAGCUGUUGAGCUUGUACUUGAUGAACAAGAUCGGCAGGAAGCUGCCGCUUAUCGUCGGGUUCGCCAUCAGCGGCGCUGUGUGCGUGUUAUCGGCGUUUAUACCAGAUAGUUUGAGCUGGGCGAAAAUCACUUGCUUCCUGGUGGGCAAGGUGAUUGUCGCAGUGUGCUUCACGGGCGGCAUAACGUAUACCAUGGAGCUGUUCCCGACCAGCGCCCGCGGCUCGCUGCUGGGGCUGUGCUCGCUGUCCGCGCGGCUUGGCGGCAUGCUGGCGCCGCUGACGCCGAUACUGGUGGGUAUAAGAGCCAAAGCACAGAUGCGGCAACACAGCGCCGCAGAGAUUUCGAAGUGUCCGUGCUUCACGGGCGGCAUCACGUAUACCCUGGAGCUGUUCCCGACCAGCUCUCGUGGUUCGCUGCUGGGGCUGUGCUCGCUGUCCGCGCGGCUUGGCGGCAUGCUGGCGCCGCUGACGCCGAUACUGAAUGGAGUAUCAGUUAUCCUGCCAGCGCUUUGCUUCGGGGCGUCAGCAGUGAUCACGAGCCUCAUGAUCAUGCUCACUCCUGAGACGAAGGGCAUGCCUCUUAUGGACACGAUAGAACAGGUCAAAGCCAGCAAAGAGAACAGGAAAACUCACAUGGAACCGAACUACAUCGGAGUCAGUGAAGAGUGUGGCAGGACUUAAAAUAUUAUUUGCAUGCAUAUGGCAUAAUAAAGGUCAUAGCAGACUUAUCAACUCUGAAAGGGAUCAACACCGUAUCGCCUUUCGCGCGCUAUCAACCGCGAGGCGAGGCGUUUAUAGUUCCAAAAUACUGAACUGUCCUAUGCAUGACAUUGACAGUGGGGCGCCACCGUCAAUACCGGAUCGCUGGUUCCGAUUUUUGCCAUGUUGGAAACCAUAUAGUUAGUUGAACGAUGGUAGCGCCCCCCUGUCAUUGAGUUUGGUGGGACAGUUCAGCGUGGGUCAUCUAUACGUUACCAUGCGGAUAAGUGUGCUGGCUGUCCCUUUCCGAGUUGAUAAAUGUACUACGUCCUUAAAAGGGAAUGUAGGAGACCCACAAUCUCCUGCAUUCUUUGAGUCAUAGCAUAGACCUUUUUGUCUCAUACCACUAUUGUAGUACACUGUGAUAACUUGAAACUUAUCUUGUUUUGAGCCAAAUAAAUACUUCCAUCUACCUACGAAUAGUUUGAUUUCGUCAUCAUUUCUGCAAAUGGCAUUACAAUGGAAGGCUAUUAUAAUUUGUAGAUAG